UAUUAUGGCUAUGGGAGAGAGAUUGACGGUAUAUAUGCAAGUACUUGCCACAAAUCUCAUAUACAAAUCGCAUAACGCUCUAGUCACCAUCAAAGACUAGUCAUACGCAGUAGAUUCCCAAUAUUUUGCCACAAAUCUUUGUCAAAAAAGCUAAAAGGAGAUAUGUAAUGGUCAUAUUUUACAGUUACUUACACUUCUUUGAAGUCCAAAUGAACUUCUCUUCCCUUCAUCAGAUACUUGUUUGAUUGAUCAAAAUUCACAAGGCUGAAGUAUUUUUAGUUGUGGCGCCAAAGUGAUGAAAAUUGAGAAGCUGUUAAUGGGGAGAUUUAUUGAAGAAGUGAUUUUAGAAGAUGAAGAAGAGUUUGUAGGAGUAGUUGAUAAGAAAAUUGUGAGCAAAGAAGAGGUAGUAGUAGAGAGACAAAAUGAAGUGAGAAAAGAAGAAGAAGAAGAUAAAGAUAUGUUUGUUCCGCCUUUGAAUUUCUCUAUGGUGGAUAAUGGAGUAUUUAGGUCUGGUUUCCCUGGUGUAUCCAAUUUCACUUUCUUGGAAACCCUUGGAUUACGUUCUAUAAUAUAUUUAUGUCCGGAACCCUAUCCGGCUGCAAACAGUGAAUUUCUCAAGUCGAAUGGAAUUCGGCUUUUCCAAUUUCCGAUCGAAGGAAACAAGGAGUGUUGUGCGAACAUCCCAGAGGAUACAAUUCGUGAGGCACUUAAAAUUGUACUGGAUGUUAGGAAUCACCCACUUCUAAUUCAUUGCAAACGAGGGAAACACCGGACUGGUUGUCUUGUUGGUUGCUUAAGAAAAUCACAAAGAUGGUGUUUGUCAUCUGUGUUUGACGAAUACAGAAGGUUUGCUGCUGCUAAGGCUAGGAUUACAGAUCAGAGGUUUAUGGAGAAGUUUGAUGCUACUAAUUUGAAUCACUUGUCAUUUCCAUUAUCAUGUUCAAAGAGGUAGUCACUUCUCUUGGCCUUCUACAGACCAAAGGCUUAAGAAUCCUUUCAACUGCAAUGGAAAUCAGUGGGCAUCAACAUAUUACUAAUGCAUGUGGCCGCGCGAUUCAACGUUGAUGAGUUUUUGAGAAUUUGGAGUAGUUUAGAGGGAUCAAGGGUCAUAAUUUCAAGUUCUAUCAGAUUAUUCAGAUUUAGAUAAAAAGGUCUGGUCUGAAGCAGGCAAAGACUCAUAAUUUCAAGUUCCAUUUGCCUUCUGAUGCUACUAAUUGAAUAACUUGCAACUCAAAGCUACAAUCAACCCAAGUUUAAAUAC